UAAUAACAUAUUGAUGAGACAAAUAGCUUUAAAGUUCGAUGCCAGCACACGUUGAAAUUGAUGAUGAUUACGACCACAAUGGGAAUGUAGAAUAUAUUUUGGAAAAUGUACUCAUGCCUGAUGAUGGAAGCCCAGAAUACAGUCGCCUGAAGGAUGAUUACAAUUCUCAGCUGACAUUAUCAUGUACAUGUACGGAUAACUGUAGUAACAUUGUUUUGUGCUGUCACGGGGACGGCAUUAAAUACACUCGCGCGAAAGGCGAAUUAGUUUUAUUAUCAAGUGCAGAUAAACAAUUUCCAUCUAUUAUCGAAUGCAAUGACCUAUGUGAAUGCCCGAUUACCCUAUGCACAAACAGACGAGUGCAGUAUGGACCACGCAAAAAUCUAGAAGUGUUUGAAUCGCCAUUGUAUAAGUCAAAAGGUUUGCGCACUACCGCUGAUAUUCCUUGUGGGGCUUUUAUCUGUGAGUAUGCAGGCGAGCUGUUAACUCUUUCAGAGGCUCAGCGGCGACUGGAACACAUUGACAAAAAUUGCCUUGUGAACUACAUAUUAUGUCUUAAUGAGCAUGUAUCACCUCAAAGUCAUUAUCUAGUGCAAAAGCAAUUGUUACUAACUAUUGUAGAUCCAGCUCAGCGUGGAAAUAUCGGUCGUUAUCUAAACCACAGUUGUCAGCCAAACUGUGAGAUCUUACCCGUGCGAACAAACUGUCCCAUACCAAAAGUUGGAAUCUUUGCAAAACACGAUAUUUAUGCCAAUGAGGAAUUAUGCUUCCACUAUGCGGGGGAAGAGCAUCGCGAAGGAAUGUCUAAUGGAAAGCCAUGUCUGUGUGGUGCUCCUUAUUGCAUCGGUGUUAUUCCAAAUACUCGCAUUUAGAAAAUAAGUAUGAAUACAAACUUG